AUGUCGGAGCUCCGCCACCUGAAACUCGUCUCCGCCGUCAUCCUCCUCCUCCUCUUCUCUAUCCCUCUCUCACAACCCCUCUCCUCGGCCCCAAUUCAACAUCAGGAUCACCAAAACUCCGACCCAAUUUCCCGAUUUCGAAACUACCUGCGAAUCAACACCGCUCACCCGACCCCAAACUACGCCGCCGCCGUCAACUACAUAUCCGAAUUCGCCUCCACCAUCCCCUGCCUCCAAACCCGAAUCCUCUACCUGACCACACCGGACAAGCCCCUCCUCCUCGUCACUUGGCCCGGAUCAAACCCUACCCUCCCUGCGGUUCUGUUCAAUUCACACCUCGAUUCUGUCCCCGCCGAGCCGUCCAAGUGGCUUCACAACCCCUUCGCCGCCGAAUUAACCGACGACGGCAAGAUCUACGCCCGUGGCGCCCAGGACGACAAAUGCAUAGGUAUGCAGUAUUUGGAAGCCAUUAAAGAGCUGAAAAAUUCCGAUCCCAAUUAUACCCCUCUGAGAACAGUUCAUAUCUCGUACGUGCCUGAUGAGGAAAUUGGGGGAUUUGAUGGGAUGGCGAAAUUUGUUGAGAGUAGAGAGUUUAAGGAACUGAAAUUGGGGUUUGUGUUGGAUGAAGGGCAAACCUCUGUGAAUGAUGAGUUUAGGGUGUUCUUCGCGGAUCGCACGCCUUGGCAUUUGGUGAUCAAGGCGAUUGGAAUGCCUGGGCAUGGAUCAAGAAUGUACGAUAAUAGUGCCAUGGAGAAUUUAAUGAAGAGUGUGGAGGUUAUUAUGAAGUUUAGGGAGAAUAAUUUUGAUAUGGUUAAAGCGGGCCUGGCUAUGAAUUCGGAGGUUAUCUCGGUUAACCCAGUUUUCCUGAAAGCUGGAAUUCCAUCAGCUUCUGGGUUUGUAAUGAAUAUGCAACCAUCUGAAGUGGAGGCUGGCUUUGAUGUUCGGCUGCCACCAACGGUCGAGCCCGAGCUCAUGAGAAGAAGGAUUAUUGAGGAAUGGGCCCCAACAUGGAGGAACAUGACUUAUGAGUUAACGGAAAAAGGGCCUCUUCGAGACAAAAAUGGACUCCCUUUGUUGACGGCAACUAAUGAUUCUAACCCGUGGUGGUCCAUAUUCAAACAAGCUGUUGAGGCAGCUGGUGGGAAGCUUGCCAAGCCUGAGAUUUUGUCUUCAACUACCGAUGCUCGAUUCAUGAGGCAGAUGGGAAUUCCCACCCUUGGCUUUUCACCUAUGAAGAAUACCCCGAUACUGCUUCAUGACCAUAAUGAGUUUUUGCGGGCUAGUGUUUAUUUAGAGGGGAUUAAGGUUUACGAGCACAUAAUCAGGGGUCAGCUGACCCCAGCCACAAGGUGUGGCUCCGCCACUGUCGACAGGGGUACGGCACCCUGA